AUGGAUUCAUCAAGUCCUACAAUACAAAAUGAAGAACUUUAUUUAGCUAACUCCAAAUUUGAUUCAUAUGAUGAACUACUAAAGAGUGUAAGAGAUUUUUAUUACGUUAAAGGAUACGGAAUAUCUAUUCGAGAUUCAAGUAAAGACAAAUAUGUCACUUUGCAAUGUGAUAGAGGUGGUUGUUAUCGAGAUAGAUUGAGUAUUGGAGAUAAAAGGAAGAAGAAUACCGGAUCUCGCUUGAUUAGUUGCCCUUUUCAGAUUGUAGGUAAAAAGGAAUAUGAUGGCGGUUGGAUACUUAAGGCAAAAAACUUGUCUCACAACCAUGAACCAUCUACUGAUAUCUCUAGGCAUCCAUCAUUUUGUCGAUUAUCACCAAAUGACGUACAAAGUGUCAAAAACAUGAUGCUUUCUGGCAUACCCCCAAGGCAAAUUCUUUCUUCUUUACGUCAAGGAAACCCGAACCUUCCGGCAGUCUCUCGAACUAUAUACAAUCUGAAGGCAAAAAUUCGCAAGGAAAACUUGGGAAAUCGAUCAACGGUUAGUGCUUUAUUUGAAGAGUUUGAAAAAGAGGGUUUUAUCUAUGAUAUUUUACAUAACUCAAUAGGGCAUAUAACCCAUUUGUUCAUUGCACAUCCUUUGUCGAUUAAAUUGGCAAAAGCUUUCUCUAAUAUAUUUAUAAUGGAUUGCACAUACAAAACCAACAAAUAUAACAUGCCUCUCCUUGAUAUCAUUGGGGUUUCAUGUUUUAAUACAUCUUUUUAUUCUGGGUUUGUAUUUCUGGAGAGAGAGGAUGAAGAUAGUUACAUUUGGGCAUUAAGUGUGUUUAAGAAGACUCUUGAAAACCGUGAACCGUCUGUGAUUAUGUCUGAUAGAGAGUUGGCACUAAUGAAUGCCAUAAAUAUGGUAUUCCCAAACACGACAAACCUUUUAUGUAUUUGGCAUAUUGAAAAGAAUGUGUUGGCAAAUUGCAAGAAGCAUUUUCCACAUACAGAAGAGUUUGAUAUAUUUAUGUCAAGUUGGAAUAAUGUAGCAUAUUCAACAAGUAAAACUAUUUUUGAGCAUAAUUGGGGUGAGUUUGAGUUGUUUUAUCAGACGAAAAAAGUUGCAAUCGAGUACAUCAAAAAAACAUGGUUGCCUUGGAAGGAAAAGUUUGUUAGUGCUUGGACAGAAAAUUAUUUGCAUUUUGGUAAUCGGUCAUCAUCAAGGGCUGAAGGUGCUCAUGCGAAACUGAAACAAUAUCUACAAGUAUCUACAGGUGGCUUUCAAGAUGUUACCAAAAAGAUUUGUCUUGCAAUCAAACAUGAGUUCAAUGAGAUUAAAGUGAAACUCGCAAGUGAGAGAAUCCAAAUUCUUCAUAAUUGUGAUGCACCUGUUUUUAGAGAACUUUUGUGUCAUAUAUCUCAUUUUGCAUUAAAGGAGAUACAUAUGCAAUAUGAAAAAAUAAAAAAGGGUACAAUGACUCCUUGCACCAGUCAUUUUAUGGCAACCAUGGGUCUUCCUUGUGCUCACAAGAUAAAACAUUUAGAAGGAAUGAAACUUUCAUUAGAUCUUAUUCAUCCACAUUGGAGGAUUGAUACGAUAUGUUUGAAUUCAGAAGAUGAUUUACACAAUGAUAUUGGAGCCAAGGAAUUUGAUGAGUUGCUUAGUGAGUUGUCUUCAAGAUAUCAAAUAUGGCCUCAAAGUAAGAAAGAAUUUGCUAAUUCUAUGAUUACUCAACUUCUAACUGAAUCUGAUAUAUUAUUUGAGCCUUUGAUUCGCCGACCAAAGGGUAGACCUCCAAAAUCAAAAAAUAAAAGAGGAAUAAAUUCUACCGCACGAGACCCUUCAAGAUUUGAGUUUGUAGAAUCAUAA